AUGGCGAGACUGGGCAGGGGAGGGUUCCUCUCCCUCGCCGUGAUCUUCCACCUGGUCUACAUUUAUUCCAUCUUCGAUAUCUAUUUCACGAGUCCGAUCGUCCAUGGCAUGAAACCUUACAAAGUCGAGUUGGACCGCGCUCCUGCAAAGAGACUCGUUUUAUUUGUUGGUGACGGACUGCGCGCCGACAAAGCCUUCCAGUCGUUCCCCGACCCAAAUCCUCCAGACCCGGGCAAUGCGGAUCUGACACCUCGUCCUCUUGCGCCGUUCCUUCGCUCGCGAGUGCUUGAACAUGGCACAUUUGGCGUAUCGCAUACUCGAGUGCCUACCGAGUCCAGGCCAGGCCAUGUCGCGCUUAUAGCCGGACUGUACGAGGAUGUCUCCGCAGUCACCACUGGGUGGAAGUUGAACCCGGUGGACUUUGAUAGUGUCUUCAAUCGCAGUCGCCAUACUUGGAGUUGGGGAAGUCCGGACAUCCUGCCCAUGUUCAAAGAAGGCGCUGUGCCAGGGCGAGUCGAUGCCGACCAUUACCCAGAAGACUUCGAGGACUUCACCUCCGACUCAGUCGCGCUGGACAUCUGGGUAUUUGAUAAGGUCAAGGAGCUUUUCCAAUCGGCAAGCACAAAUUCCACUCUCGAUGCCAUGCUCCGAGAUGACAAACUCGUCUUCUUCCUGCAUUUGCUUGGGUUGGACACUGCCGGUCAUGGCUUCCGCCCUUAUUCGAAAGAGUACUUGAACAACAUCAAAGUCGUUGAUAAGGGAGUCGAGGACGUCACAAAGCUUAUAGACAGCUUCUACGGCGACGGCGAGACGGCUUACGUUUUCACCGCCGACCACGGAAUGAGUGACUGGGGAAGCCAUGGCGACGGUCAUCCCGACAAUACAAGGACUCCAUUGAUCGUUUGGGGUGCCGGGGCCGCGAAACCUGAGAUCUAUCGCCAAGUCAAAGCGCCGGGGCACGAGGAUGGCUUUUCGUUCGAUUGGGGAUUAGACCAUGUUCGACGACACGACGUGGAUCAGGCAGAUGUUGCAGCACUGAUGGCGUACCUUGUUGGAGUCGAGUUCCCAGUCAAUUCUGUCGGCCGACUGCCGUUGAACUACUUGGCCGCCAGCCCCCGUGAAAAGGCUGUAGCAGCAAUUGUGAAUGCCAAACAGCUUCUCGAGAUAUAUCACGUGAAAGAGGAACAGAAAAGAGCGACGUCGCUGAACUAUCAGCCGUAUUCCGCCUUUGCAAGCGCCAACACCACGAUUGAAAGUCAGAUCUCGCUCAUUGAGAGCCUCAUAGGCCAAGGGCAAUAUGAAGAUGCUGUCAAAAUGUCUUCAGACCUGUUCAAUGACGGCCUCCAGGGUUUACGAUACCUGCAAACUUAUGACUGGCUAUUUCUUCGCGCUCUGAUCACUCUAGGAUAUCUUGGUUGGAUCGCCUAUGCUGCCACCACUGUGAUUGAUAUCCACGUGCUUCACGGGGCAAUCUCAGAUGAUAGGACGACUGGAACCACCAUCGCAUUCUCUUCUAUUUUGGUAUUACUAUACUCUUUUUUCGUCGUUGAGCGUUCUCCUGUCACGUAUUACGCGUAUGCUUUGUUCCCUGUUUUCUUCUGGGAAGAGGUUUUUGCAAGGAGAAAGGCUUUCAUGUCUGGGUUUCAGAUUCUUUUCGACCAUAUCCAAGGAGUCUCGGCGUACACAAUUCUUUCAGUGCAGGGCGUGGCGUAUCUUCUUGUCGUCGAAGGGCUUGUACAAUCAUACUUUCACCGCCCUUUACUCAGUGUCUGCUACGUUUUCGGCGCCGUCUUUCCCGCAUUCUAUGGCAUCGAAUUUAUGCGCAAAAAUCGCGGUCUUGUACUAUCCUGGGCAGCGGGCUGCCUUGUGAUGAGCACAUUUACUCUGCUCCCAGCAAUUAAAGUUGAAGAUGUGAACACCAUUACGGCUGGUGGGCUUCUUAUGCUAGGGGCAGGACUCGCGUACCUCUAUUACGAACACGACAUCCAUUCCCAGUCCAAAUCAGGGCAACCAGCCUCCGAGCCUAAUACGGUGUCACGAAUGCUCAUGGGUCUUCAGUUGGGUGUCAUCCUACUUGCCAUCAUUGUUACACGAUCAAGUGUCUCAUCAAUCCAGGCGAAGAAUGGCCUGCCUCUUGGCAACCAGGUUGUGGGCUGGAUCGCUCUGAUCUCAUCUCUUAUAUUACCGUUCGUCCAUCGGAUCGCACCGAACCGGCAUUAUCUUCAUCGCCUAGUCAUCAUCUUCCUCACCUUUUCACCCUCCUUCAUCAUACUCACCAUCUCCUACGAAGGACUCUUCUAUUUCGCAUUCUGUUCAACACUGCUAGCCUGGGUGCGACUGGAGCAUGCCAUUCAGGUCCAUGGCGGACCUAAGUCUGGCUCUGUGACGGCUCCUUUAGCAAACGGAGUCACCAUUACCUCGACAACAUCAUCUCAGUCUGCCAAUCUGCGCCCCGAGGAGACGUUCCGCACACUUGUAUUGACAGAUCUUCGCCGAGCGCUGUUCUUCCUCUUCUUCUUGCAGUCAGGGUUCUUUUCAACAGGGAACAUUGCGUCGAUAUCAAGUUUCAGUCUCGACGCGGUGAACCGGCUCGUUCCAGUCUUUGACCCAUUUUCUCAAGGAGCCCUCCUGCUCUUCAAGAUCAUGGUUCCAUUCAGCAUUAUCUCGGCCGCACUCGGCAUACUAAAUCGACGGCUAGGCCUCCAGUCGUCGGCUCUAUUCAUGGUUGUCAUGGCGCUAAGCGAUCUGAUGACGCUCAACUUCUUUUGGAUGGUCAGGGAUGAGGGUAGUUGGCUGGAGAUUGGCACCACGAUUAGCCAUUUCGUUAUUGGUAGUUUGAUGUGCGUGUUUGUAGCGGGUCUGGAGGGUGUUAGUCACGCUUUGAUUAGUGGUGUCGAGGUUGAUGGAUUUGAGGACACGGUCAGAGCGAAUGGUGGUGUGGAGGUGGUGGCGGGUAAGGACAAAUCGAAUGGGGGCGUCAACGGUUCUCUGAAGGAGCAUGAGGUGGCGGAUGAACGUCCUGUUAUCGAGUAG